GCAUCUACCGUUCACUUAAAAAAAAGAAAAAAACCUUCAAUGGUUGAAAAACAUCAGAUUCCCAUGACGCAAAAAAGCCUAAACGGACCCCACACUUUCUUUUUAUCUUCCUCAUCAAUCUCCUAGGGUUCCCUGUCAACCUAACAGCAAACACAGAAAAAAAUCAGAUAAAAUAGGAUUUAUACGAAAAUGAAUUAAAUUUAAAAUGAAAAUGUUCAAUUCAUUUGAACCCAAUAUAUAAUAAGGGUUCUACUUUCAGAUCGAAGUGUUUUUAAUUUCUUUUUGAGUAAAAGAAAUUGGUGAUUUGAGGAUAAAAUUUUAAACCCCUUACAUAGGGUUCUAAAAGAAGCCAUGUCUGCAGGGGUUUGUGGGAAAAGGGUGGGAUUUGAAGAAAUAUUCGGAUCGUCUCCCAAGAGAUUCAGGUGUUCCAGUUUUGAAUCUCCGGAUCCAUCGUCGGAUGCUGGGUCCAGACCUGAUGACCCAGUUUCAACUUUGUUUCAAAUCUUCCCUGCUUUGGAUUCUGAGUUAAUAACAUCCGGUCUCAGAAAUCAUAACAGUAAGAUUGAAGAUCCUAGGGAGAGUUUAAGUGAUGUUUCCUCCGAUCUUGAAGAAAGAAAUAAACCACAUAGCUUUGAUUCUGCGAGAUUUGGAAAUUGUACUGUUCUUCCUUUUGAGGGUAGUCAAAUUUCAGAGCAUAAUGUUGAAAAUGCAAGUAAUAUCAAACAGAAGUUUGAAAAUGGAAAUGCGGUUGAUAGUCCCAAGUGGGUGGAUUUGUUUGUGCAUGAGAUGAUGAGUGCACCCAAUAUUGAUGAUGCUAGGGGGCGUGCUGCCAGGAUUUUAGAAGUGUUUGAGGGAAGUAUAACUGCCAAUAAGAGGGCUGCUGAGGAGAUUGAGUAUGCUUCCUUGAAGGAACAUUUGCAGAGCUUGUUAGAUAAAAAUCAAAUUUUGAGGAGAGCUGUGGCCAUUCAGCAUGAACGCAACUUAGAGCAAGAGGGAAAGGAAAGAGAAGUACAACACUUAAAGCUCACACUCAGCCAAUACCUAGAACAAGUUCGAACUUUAGAGUUGAACAACUACACAUUAAGGCUUCAUCUACAGCGGGCACAAGAAAAUAGCUCUAUUCAGGGACAAUUUCCUCCUGACAUAUACUAGAAGCUUUUGUUGUGUUAUUAUCCAUUAAUUUGUUGUUCCCUGAAUAGCUAAUUUUCUACUAUUAAUAGCUUAUCUAAAACAAGCAACAUGAAGAUUUAUACAAAAGUUGUUCUAAUGUUUGUAGUUUGUAUAAUUCAAGCCAAAUAUCAGUUUUUGCAA